AACUCCAUUCUUAUACUAAAUUCUUUUCUUUCUCUUCUUCUACUUCUUUUUUUUUAGAUAUGGGAAUGCGGUCGUCGAUAUUUUAUUAUUCUUGAUAAGAAAUGUCCAAAAAGUCUAAAGGAAAACAGAAAAAGUAUCGUCAACCCAACAAGAAAAGAAAUAAAAAUACCAAACCAUCCAACCUAAAACAAACAACUUGUUCCAACCACAACUCUUCUUGUCUAUGUAGUGAAAACGAAAGAAAGACGAGAUUGGCUGAAAUUAUUGCUGAAGAAUGGAAAGGAAAUAUAAUAACACCCAAAGGUUUGAAGAAUUUGGGUAAUACUUGUUUCCUCAACGCAGUAUUACAAAAUAUUGGUCGAUUGCCUGCCCUUCGAAGUUAUUUUUUAGGUCAAUCUAUUACAAGUGGUGAACACGGUGUGACUUUAUCUUUGAGAGUAUUCUUUCAUACUAUGUGGUUAUUACAAGACCAAAGCAUAUUUCGACCCCAUAAGUUAUUGGACCAUUUGGGAAAGUAUUCCAGUCGCUUUCGUGGUUAUGAACAACAAGAUGCUCAUGAAGCCUUGAGAGUAUUGAUGGAGUCUUUAAUGGAAGAAGCAACUGUUAAUAUGGAUAAUUCUAGCAGUGAUUCAAGUAGUCAUAGUGACUCCAAUCAUAACCACGAGUCUUGGAUGGAAAAAGUAUUUCUAGGAAAGUUGCAAAGUUGUGUGGAAUGUGAACAGUGUCAUUCGAUAUCUACCGUUGAAGAACCUUUUUUAGACAUUUCAUUAUGUUUGGAAACUCAAAAUACCGAUGAGACUUGUUCUGUUGCGGGAGGUUGUACGAGAAAUCAGAUCAUUUGUGAUACAGCAAUGAUGAGUCAACAGAGUCUAUUAUCUGUAGAUAAUGCAAUGUUAUCUAUGGAAAGCAACUUGUCAGAACAAGUGAUGGUCAACGAAGAAGAAGAGAAGAAUAGUCCAGAAAUGAUUUCCUUAUGGGAAGAAGAUAUCCAUCAAGUUACUUUAGGGUUAGACUCCUUAUUUGAAGAAUCCAAUAAUGUAGAAUGGAGUGAUUAUGUAAGUAAUAAUGAUUUGGAUUUCAAUGAAGAACAAAAAGACAUAGUUGUUCAUUCUUCUUCAAAGAGUCUAACCAAACCUAUCUCUUCUUCAUCUACUACCACAACACUUUAUGCAAGUAUUCAAGACAGCUUACAAGCAUUUCUUUCUCCAGAAAUAUUACAAGGAGAGAAUGCUUACUAUUGUGAGUCUUGCAAUCGACAACAACAAAGUGAGUCAACCCAAAAACAUUGUAAUAAGGAUUCCGUUUCCUCUCAACAGAGAUAUAUUCGUACCAAAGCAAAGAAACAUUUUUUAUUUCGGAAACUUGGUCAAGUUAUUAUUUUCCAUUUGAAGAGAUUUCGACAAGUUGGUUUUCACUUUGAAAAGGUUUCAGGUAAAAUGUCAUUUCCAUUGGAAUGGAAUCUCUCCAGUUAUACACAAGAGCAACAAGGAGAUUCCACAGAGAAUGAUUAUUAUUUGUCAGGAAUAGUUGUUCAUCAGGGUUCUUUAGAAUGGGGUCAUUAUAUUGCAUAUAUUCGUGCAAGUUGUUCACCACAAGAGCAUCGUUGGUAUUAUUGUAGUGAUGAACAUGUAACAUUGGUACAAGAUGAAGAACAAAUCUUCAAUAGUGAAGCUUAUAUUUUGUUUUAUUGUAAAAAACAACGACAAUGAAAGUAAUACUUUCAGUUAGAUAUAUGAGUUAUUAUACUAUCCAAUAGAAAACUACAAAAUGCUUCAAUGACUGGAACACAAAAACUAUUUCCCAAUAAUUUCCAACGGGUACGAAAACUUGAA